AUUCACAGCCAGAAGGAAAAGAAGCAUCUCCUGACUCGGUGGGCCUCAAGGAUAUCAGUUAUGCUGUACUGGUGAACGUGCCUGAGGGGAGACUAACGCGAGAGAGGAGACACAAUUGAACAUCGCUGUUGGCUGAGACCUGAAAAAAUGGUGCUGGAUGAACACAGAAUUAGAACUUCAUUGUGAAAGGGAAAUACUGUCUUGGCAGGCUCUUUUCUUCAUUUCCACAUUCAUCAUGGCCCAAAUUCUCUGGCUGGCCGGUUGAUGGGACUGUCCAACACGUGCUACCUGCUUUUGGUGCAGAUCCCUCGUGUCUACUGCUCAAAAGACCUGGGAUCAGGUGGGAAUCUGAGGAUGUCAACUAUGGGAAUGGAAAGAGAAAUGGACUCUGACAAGCUAAGAUGGAAGUGACUUGGCAGCUUCAAGUUCGGCAGUUGUCUCCAGUAAGGACAGGUUAAGAUUGGAAUCACAAGCUUCCCUGGGAGAGCAGUAUGCAGGAAGCUGGUUUUCAGGCCACAAAUGCUUUCACAGAGUGCAAAUUCACCUGCGCCAGUGGUAAAUGCUUGUAUCUUGGUUCACUGAUUUGUAACCAACAGAAUGACUGUGGGGAUAACAGUGAUGAAGAGAACUGUCUGCUCGUAACAGAGCAUCCACCUCCAGGCAUCUUUAGCUCUGAACUGGAGUUUGUUCAAAUCAUCAUCAUCAUAGUGGUGAUAACUGUUAUGGUGGUGGUUAUCAUCUGCCUGUUGAACCAUUACAAACUCUCGACACGCUCCUUCAUCAACCGACAGAGCCAGGGCAGAAGGCAGGAAGAGGCUUUGCAGACGGAAGGGUGCUUGUGGCCUUCAGAAAGCUCCGUUUCACGCCAGGGUCCUUCAGAGAUCAUGUACGCCCCCCGGCCCCGGGACAGGUUCAGCGCCCCGUCGUUCAUGCAGCGGGACCGUUUCAGUCGCUUCCAGCCCACCUACCCCUACAUGCAGCAUGAGAUCGACCUGCCUCCCACCAUCUCGCUCUCGGACGGCGAGGAGCCGCCGCCGUACCAAGGCCCGUGCACGCUGCAGCUGCGGGACCCCGAGCAGCAGAUGGAGCUCAACCGGGAGUCCGUGAGGGCGCCGCCCAACCGGACCAUUUUUGAUAGCGACUUGAUAGACAUUUCCAUGUACAACGGGGGCCCCUGCCCGCCGAGCAGCAAUUCGGGCAUCAGUGCAACCACSUACAGCAGUAACGGGAGGAUGGAAGGGCCGCCCCCGACGUACAGCGAGGUCAUGGGGCAUUACCCGGGCUCCUCCUUUUUCCAUCACCAGCACAGCCACGCGCCUCCCCCCUCGCAGAGGGGCAGCAGACUUCAGUUUCAGCAGAACAAUUCAGAGAGCACAACAGUCCCCAGCAAAGGCCCAGACAGGAAAGGAGGGAACCUGGUCUAAGUUCCUCGGCCAGGCGCGUUCGAACUGAAGACGAGAGGCGUUCGAGGAGGGCGACGGAGAAAGACGCCCCGCUCUGGUGCACAGGGCUGUUGCGUCUCACGGGGUACAACUUAGUAAAACCAAACGUGCGCAAACCAGGCCUUUGUUUCUGAUUCCUUUCAGGGGAAUUGCAUGAUGCAAAACAGCUAGAGAGAAACACAAACUUCCAUUCGGUUUGUCUACGAGCAGUGUUGCAGGGAAGAGGGGGGGAUAUAUUAUUUUUUUUUAAUAAACUAUUUCAAUUAUUUAAUUCUAAAAAGUAAAAACUUAGCACAGAAAUGAGGCUUGUACAGCCUGUUUUAUACUCACUGAAUGGCAGAAAUAAGAAGAAGAAAAAGAAGAAGGUUUUACUAGAUAAGUGGGGGAAGAAUUGGCCAGUUUGCUUUUUUUUUCUCCCAGGGUGUGGAUUUUUUUAAUAUGAGACAAAAUUCCUGUUUUGUGUGCCAAGGUAUAAAAAGUUGAGAACUUAGAUGAAUGCAAGGAAUUAAUUUGUGUUGUGAUAAAUGUGUUUUUAAAAGUUGCACUAUCUUAAUGUUUAAAAAAAUAUAUAUGAGGGAACUGUUUUAUGUGAAGUUCUUCUAUAUGUUGUCUUUUCACCUGUGGAAUAAUGAUGGAGCCCAGAAGUAAUCCAGAGGAGGUUACUCCCUCUUCUCCCCCCCCGCAACCCCGGGUUUGUUAGAGCAAGGGGACAGGAUUUAGUCUAACAUCUCUUGACUAAUAAAAAUCAAGAAAUACAGGGACAUUUAACUUGUCUUUGCAAUAAUUUGCAUUCAAAUAACAGUGCAUCAAUGGAGUGUCUUGCAGACUUUUGGCUGGAAGGAGACAAAUAUGAAUUCCCAGCAUUUUCCAUCCGUUAAGAGUUUAGCUAUGAUGCGAUUUAGACUUUGUUUCAUAAAAGGCAAAACAAAAUCCCAGAUGUGCUAAUUUAUAUUGAUUCUAACUAAGUGCUGCCAUUCUUUUCCUUUUCUUAAUGCAGUAUCAUCAGUACUUAAGGUUUUAGAAGUUUCUGUCCUCACUGUAGUCUGCAAUGUACU